AUAGAUCCCUCAGGACCUAUGUUCAAUCCAGGAGCCUUUGAAUCUGGCCGCCUGUUUGAAUGGAAUAAGGGUUGGGGCCCUGCAGCUUCAGUAGUCACCCAAGCACAAGACUCAGCAGUCCCCCUGGUCUUCCCAGCCCUCUGCAGCCAUGAGCUCUGAUGCAGAAAUGGCCAUUUUUGGAGAAGCAGCUCCCUACCUCCGGAAACCAGAGAAGGAGAGAAUCGAGGCUCAAAAUCGUCCAUUCGAUUCCAAGAAAGCCUGCUUUGUAGUGGAUGAUAAGGAAAUGUAUGUGAAAGGCAUGAUCCAGAGUAGGGAAAAUGACAAAGUCAUAGUCAAGACCCUCGAUGACCGGACGCUCACUCUGAACAAUGACCAGGUCUUCCCCAUGAACCCUCCCAAAUUUGACAAGAUCGAGGAUAUGGCCAUGAUGACUCACCUGCAUGAACCUGCCGUGCUGUACAACCUCAAAGAGCGCUACGCAGCCUGGAUGAUCUACACCUACUCAGGCCUCUUCUGUGUCACCGUCAACCCCUACAAGUGGCUGCCGGUGUACAACCCCGAGGUGGUGGCUGCCUACAGAGGCAAAAAGCGCCAGGAGGCUCCACCCCACAUCUUCUCCAUCUCUGACAAUGCCUAUCAGUUUAUGCUGACUGAUCGAGACAACCAGUCUAUCCUCAUCACCGGAGAAUCCGGGGCUGGGAAGACUGUGAACACCAAGCGUGUCAUCCAGUAUUUUGCAACAAUUGCAGUUACUGGGGACAAGAAGAAGGAGACACAGCCAGGCAAAAUGCAGGGAACCCUGGAGGAUCAGAUUAUCCAAGCCAACCCGCUGCUGGAGGCCUUUGGAAAUGCCAAGACUGUGAGGAAUGACAACUCCUCAAGAUUUGGGAAGUUCAUUCGGAUUCAUUUUGGAGCCACAGGAAAGCUGGCAUCGGCAGACAUCGAAACCUAUCUGUUAGAAAAAUCCAGAGUGACAUUUCAAUUAUCCAGUGAGAGAAGCUAUCAUAUUUUCUACCAAAUUUUGUCAAACAAGAAGCCAGAACUAAUUGACUUGCUUCUGAUCUCCACCAACCCCUUCGACUUCCCCUUCGUGAGCCAAGGAGAAGUCACAGUGGCCAGUAUCGAUGACAGUGAAGAACUGCUGGCGACCGAUAAUGCCAUUGACAUCCUGGGCUUCAGCUCAGAGGAGAAAGUUGGGAUCUACAAACUGACGGGAGCCGUGAUGCAUUAUGGGAACAUGAAGUUCAAGCAGAAGCAGCGUGAGGAGCAGGCGGAGCCGGACGGCACCGAAGUGGCUGACAAAGCCGGAUACCUGAUGGGACUGAAUUCUGCAGAAAUGCUGAAGGGCCUGUGCUGUCCAAGGGUGAAGGUUGGGAAUGAAUAUGUCACUAAAGGGCAAAAUGUCCAGCAGGUGACCAACUCGGUGGGUGCUCUGGCCAAAGCUGUCUACGAGAAGAUGUUCCUGUGGAUGGUCACCCGCAUCAACCAGCAGCUGGACACCAAGCAGCCCAGGCAGUACUUCAUCGGGGUCUUGGACAUUGCUGGCUUUGAGAUCUUUGAUUUCAACAGCCUGGAGCAGCUGUGCAUCAACUUCACCAACGAGAAACUGCAACAGUUUUUCAACCACCACAUGUUCGUGCUGGAGCAGGAGGAGUACAAGAAGGAAGGCAUCGAGUGGGAGUUCAUUGACUUCGGGAUGGACCUGGCUGCCUGCAUCGAGCUCAUCGAGAAGCCUAUGGGCAUCUUCUCCAUCCUGGAAGAGGAGUGCAUGUUCCCCAAGGCAACAGACACCUCCUUCAAGAACAAGCUGUAUGACCAGCAUCUUGGAAAAUCCAACAACUUCCAGAAGCCCAAGCCUGCCAAAGGCAAGGCUGAGGCUCACUUCUCGCUGGUGCACUACGCCGGCACCGUGGACUACAACAUUGCCGGCUGGCUCGACAAGAACAAGGACCCCCUGAAUGAGACUGUGGUGGGGCUGUACCAGAAGUCUUCGCUGAAGCUUCUCUCCUUCCUUUUUUCCAACUAUGCUGGUGCAGACACAGGCGACUCCGGGGGAAGCAAGAAGGGCGGGAAGAAGAAGGGCUCCUCUUUCCAGACUGUGUCGGCCGUGUUCAGGGAAAAUCUAAACAAAUUGAUGACUAACUUAAGGAGCACCCACCCUCACUUUGUACGAUGCCUGAUUCCCAAUGAGACCAAGACUCCUGGUGUGAUGGACCACUACUUGGUCAUGCACCAGCUGCGCUGUAACGGGGUCCUCGAGGGCAUCCGGAUUUGCAGAAAGGGAUUCCCUAGCCGGAUCCUCUAUGCUGACUUCAAGCAGCGGUACCGGAUCCUCAAUGCCAGUGCUAUCCCUGAAGGGCAGUUCAUUGAUAGCAAAAACGCCUCAGAGAAGCUCCUGAACUCCAUCGAUGUGGACCGGGAGCAGUUCAGGUUCGGCAACACCAAGGUGUUUUUCAAAGCUGGGCUCCUGGGGCUUCUGGAGGAGAUGAGAGACGAGAAGCUGGUGACGCUAAUGACGCGCACGCAGGCCGUGUGCAGGGGCUACCUGAUGCGGGUGGAGUUCAAGAAGAUGAUGGAGAGGAGGGACUCCAUCUUCUGCAUCCAGUACAACAUCCGCUCUUUUAUGAACGUCAAGCACUGGCCCUGGAUGAACCUGUUCUUCAAAAUCAAGCCCCUACUGAAGAGUGCAGAGGCCGAGAAGGAGAUGGCCACCAUGAAGGAAGACUUCGAGAGGACCAAGGAAGAACUGGCCCGAUCCGAGGCUCGCCGGAAGGAGCUGGAGGAGAAAAUGGUCUCCCUGCUGCAGGAAAAGAAUGACCUCCAAUUGCAGGUCCAGUCUGAAACGGAAAAUCUGAUGGACGCUGAGGAACGGUGUGAAGGACUCAUCAAAAGCAAGAUCCUACUGGAAGCAAAAGUCAAGGAGCUGACUGAGAGACUGGAAGAGGAAGAGGACAUGAAUUCUGAACUGGUUGCCAAGAAGAGGAAUCUGGAAGACAAAUGCUGCUCUCUCAAGAGAGACAUUGAUGACCUGGAGCUGACCUUGACGAAAGUUGAAAAGGAGAAGCAUGCCACAGAGAACAAGGUAAAGAAUCUCUCCGAAGAAAUGACAGCACUUGAAGAAAACAUUUCCAAAUUGACCAAAGAAAAGAAGUCUCUACAGGAGGCCCAUCAGCAAACACUGGAUGACCUUCAGGUUGAAGAAGAUAAAGUCAAUGGUCUAAUCAAAAUAAAUGCCAAGCUUGAACAGCAAACAGAUGAUCUUGAGGGUUCCUUAGAGCAGGAAAAGAAACUGCGGGCAGACCUGGAAAGGGCGAAGAGGAAGCUGGAAGGAGAUCUGAAAAUGUCCCAGGAAUCCAUUAUGGAUCUAGAAAAUGACAAGCAGCAAAUAGAAGAGAAAUUAAAAAAGAAGGAGUUUGAAAUCAGUCAGUUACAAGCCAAAAUAGAUGAUGAACAAGUCCACAGUUUGCAGUUUCAAAAGAAGAUUAAAGAACUGCAGGCUCGCAUAGAAGAACUGGAGGAGGAAAUUGAAGCAGAACACACACUCAGAGCCAAGAUUGAGAAGCAGCGCUCAGAUCUGGCCAGGGAACUGGAGGAGAUCAGUGAGAGGCUGGAAGAAGCCAGUGGGGCCACUUCAGCCCAGAUUGAGAUGAACAAGAAGCGGGAGGCUGAGUUCCAGAAAAUGCGCAGGGACUUGGAAGAGUCCACCCUGCAGCAUGAAGCCACGGCAGCCACCCUGAGGAAGAAGCACGCAGAUAGCGUGGCUGAACUUGGGGAGCAGAUUGACAACCUGCAGCGGGUGAAGCAGAAGCUGGAGAAGGAGAAGAGUGAGCUGAAGAUGGAGAUCGAUGACAUGGCCAGCAACAUCGAAGCCAUCUCCAAGUCAAAGAGUAACAUAGAAAGAACGUGCCGGACGGUAGAAGACCAAUUUAGUGAAAUCAAAGCCAAGGAUGAGCAACAGACACAGCUGAUCCAUGACCUGAACAUGCAGAAAGCAAGACUACAGACCCAGAAUGGGGAGCUGAGCCACCAAGUGGAAGAGAAGGAAUCUCUGAUUUCACAGCUGACCAAAAGCAAGCAGGCCCUCACCCAGCAGCUGGAGGAGCUUAAGAGGCAAAUGGAAGAAGAAACAAAGGCCAAGAACGCCCUGGCACACGCCCUGCAGUCCUCCCGCCACGACUGCGACCUGCUGCGGGAACAGUAUGAGGAGGAGCAGGAAGCCAAGGCCGAGCUGCAGAGGGCGCUGUCCAAGGCCAACAGUGAGGUUGCUCAGUGGAGGACCAAAUACGAGACGGACGCCAUCCAGCGCACAGAGGAGCUGGAGGAGGCCAAGAAAAAACUGGCCCAGAGGCUCCAGGAAGCAGAGGAGAACACAGAGACGGCGAACUCGAAGUGCGCAUCCUUGGAGAAAACCAAGCAGAGGCUGCAGGGAGAGGUGGAUGAUCUGAUGCUGGAUCUGGAGCGCUCCCACACCGCCUGUGCCACCCUGGACAAGAAGCAGAGGAACUUUGACAAGGUCCUUGCAGAGUGGAAACAAAAGCUGGACGAAAGCCAGGCUGAGUUGGAAGCUGCUCAGAAGGAGUCCAGGUCACUCAGCACCGAACUCUUCAAGAUGAGGAACGCCUAUGAGGAGGUGGUGGACCAGUUAGAGACACUGAGGCGGGAGAACAAAAAUCUACAAGAAGAGAUUUCCGACUUAACUGAGCAGAUUGCAGAAACUGGAAAGAAUCUUCAGGAAGUGGAAAAGACCAAGAAGCUAGUGGAGCAGGAAAAGUCAGAUCUGCAGGUCGCCUUAGAAGAAGUGGAGGGUUCCUUGGAACACGAGGAGAGCAAGAUCUUGCGCCUCCAGCUAGAGCUAAGCCAGGUGAAAUCCGAGCUAGACCGCAAGGUCAUUGAGAAGGAUGAAGAAAUCGAGCAGCUAAAAAGAAACAGCCAGCGGGCAACGGAGGCCAUGCAGAGCUUGCUGGAUGCUGAAAUCCGCAGCCGGAACGACGCCCUGAGAGUGAAGAAGAAGAUGGAGGGAGAUCUCAAUGAGAUGGAGAUUCAGCUGGGCCACUCCAACCGCCAGGUGGCAGAGACCCAGAAGCACCUGCGCACGGUCCAGGGCCAGCUCAAGGACUCCCAGCUGCACCUGGACGACGCCCUGAGGAGCAAUGAGGACCUCAAGGAGCAGCUGGCCAUCGUGGAGCGCAGGAAUGGCCUCCUGCUGGAGGAGCUGGAGGAAAUGAAGGUGGCCCUGGAGCAAACGGAGCGGACCCGCAGGCUGUCGGAGCAGGAGCUGCUGGACGCCAGCGACCGCGUGCAGCUCCUGCACUCCCAGAACACGAGCCUGAUAAAUACCAAGAAAAAACUGGAGGCUGACAUAGCUCAGUGCCAGGCAGAGGUGGAGAACUCAAUCCAGGAGUCCAGGAACGCAGAGGAGAAGGCCAAGAAGGCCAUCACGGAUGCCGCCAUGAUGGCUGAGGAGCUAAAGAAGGAGCAGGACACCAGCGCCCACCUGGAGCGGAUGAAGAAGAACCUGGAGCAGACGGUGAAGGACCUGCAGCACCGUCUAGAUGAGGCUGAGCAGCUGGCACUGAAGGGCGGGAAGAAGCAGAUCCAGAAACUGGAGAACCGGGUGCGGGAGCUGGAAAAUGAGCUUGAUGUGGAACAGAAGAGGGGAGCUGAAGCCCUGAAGGGAGCCCACAAGUACGAACGCAAAGUGAAGGAGAUGACUUACCAGGCUGAGGAGGACCGCAAGAAUAUCCUCAGGCUCCAGGACCUGGUGGACAAGCUGCAGGCCAAAGUGAAGUCUUACAAGAGGCAGGCUGAGGAGGCGGAGGAGCAGGCCAACACGCAGCUGUCCAGAUGCCGGAGAGUCCAACAUGAGCUAGAGGAGGCUGCGGAGAGGGCGGACAUCGCCGAGUCCCAGGUCAACAAGCUGAGGGCCAAAAGCCGAGAUGUGGGCGGCCAGGUAAGAGCAGGUACCUGAGAUGUAGGGGCCAGCUAAGAACAGAUACUGAAUAUGGGGGCCAGGCGAAAGCCUGAGUGUGGGAGGCUAGAUAAAGGCAGGUACCUGAGAUGUGGGGACCAGGUAAGAGCAGGUAUCUGAGAUGUAGGGGGCCAGGUAGGAGUAAGUACCUGAGUAUGGCUUCUUCCCAAGAAGUUCCAAGCCCCGGGGGAGUCCCAUGGACCACCCAGGGAGAACCUGGAGGAUGACUGUUGAUCCUCUCCUUCCUGCUGCUAGUCACGCACUCCCAAAUGCUACUGUUUUAGCAAAGACU